AUGGCUAAACCCUCCGCCGGCCUGCUCACCCCGCGCCCCUCCGCGUUCCGCCCCCCCUCCUCCUGCCCCACCACCCGCAGCUCCGUGGGCUCCACCUCCUCCUCGUCGGCCAACGCCGCCGCAUCGAAGCUCCCCGCCCCCGCCGCCAACCCCCGCGAGUUCGCCUCCAACGCCAAGGUGGUGGCAAAGUGCCUGGCCUACGACGAUGACGACAUCACCCUCGCUGCCGCCGCCGCCGCACAGGAGGACGACCUGGGGCCGCUCCUCGAUCUGCCUGACCCCGACGUCUCCGUCGACACCUCCGCUGCUCCUGAUGACGCGCUGACAGCUUCCUCCGACUCCUGUGUCACCGAGGUGCCAGCGCUCGCGGACUCCAUCAUUGACAGCGAGGCGCCGCUCCCGGUGGAGUUCAGCGUCGUUCUGGCCGAGCUGCACGGCGCCAGUGGCCUCAGCCCGCGCUCCAAGCGCCUCCUCGCCGCGCUCACCGAGGCCGCCGCCUUCGAGCUCGCCCCCUCGGCCACCGCCCGUCGCCUUCGCCGCGCCGCCUUCUGGGGCAAGGUGCGCGUGGCGGUCCUCGCCGGGACACUCGCAGCCGUGGUCGCCGUCGACAUGGCGCUCGCCGCCUACCUCUACGCGCGCCGCGCGAACGACCGGUACCACGUCCUGCCCCCCACCUGAUCGACCGCCGCCAAUUCUGCUGCUUCUGUCACGUUUGCCCUGCCGUGUCUGGUUGCAGUACAAUUAGCUGCAGGAGUACGUUGCUAAUGUGUUCUGUUCAAGUGUUAUUUGCUGUGGUUAUAACCUGUCAUGGUGUUUAACUUAGAUAAGCAGAUCUAGAAACGAGGAGGUGAAUGAAUGCUGUGGUUCGCCAGUUAACUGUAUGGAGGUGAUCAUUGUUCUGCAUCAUCACCUUGUCAGGUUACUGCUAGUUAGUCUGCAUGUGUUCCUGUGCUGUUCUUAUCCCUGUCCUGCACCAGCACCAAAUCACGCAACGCUCUGAAUCUUUUUUU